AUGCGGACAACAAAGCUGCUCGCGUUGGUGGCGCUGGCCCUUGUCGGGGGACAAGCAUCACCUGUCCCAGAUGCUGAUGCUGAUGCCGAUGCCGAUGUCGAUGGCAAUGGUGAUGCUGCUGGCUCCCCGAGCACUGAGGUGCCGUCUAUUCGCAGUUACUUUUACAUUGGUGGAGGUUAUGCAGAUGAUGGCACUGGAAAAGGGCGUCACAUCUUCCGCGAUCAGAUGUACGUAGAGCAGCUGAAACCCGUCAAAGGCAAAACGCAGAAGACUCCGAUUGUCAUCAUUCACGGCCAAGCACAGACGGGCACUAACUUCCUAAACAAGCCCGAUGGUGGCCGUGGCUGGGCAUCUCUAUUUCUGCAGCAGGGCCAUGAGGUAUACCUCGUCGAUCAAACACUUCGUGGACGCUCGCCAUGGCAGCCGGGCCGCUACGCCACCACGCCAUCAACAUAUGCCGCCGAAAUCAUUGAGGAGCGCUUCACCGCUGUGAAGAGGCACAUGCUAUGGCCGCAAGCUGCUCUUCACACUCAAUGGCCCGGAAAUGGCUCAAUGGGGGAUGCCAUUUUCGACACCUUCUACAGUUCCAACGUCCAAUUUAUCGGCAACGCUACCUACCAACAAUCGACAGUGCAAGCCGCAGGAGCAGCUCUUCUCGACAAGAUUGGCGUCCCCGUCGUUCUCAUGGGCCACAGCCAGGGCGGUGUUCUGCCCAUUAUCAUCGCCGACGCCAGACCAAAGCUCACGAAAGCCCUUGUGCUUCUUGAACCAACUGGGCCGCCUUUCCGUGAGGCUGUCUUCAGCACCAAUCCCGCUCGAGCCUGGGGUUUGACUGACAUCCCGCUCACUUACUCGCCUCCGGUCACAAACCCUGUCGUAGAUCUCAAGCAAGAAGUUCAGCCUCCACGGGACGCCAACUCCAGCGAAUGCAUCUUACAAGCCAAGACUCCAGCUCCUCGCAAAUUGGCCAACCUCGCCAAUCUACCCAUUCUUGUCGUUACCUCCGAGUCCGGUUACCAUGCCGUUUAUGACCACUGUACUGUCGAGUACCUCAAGCAGGCGGGCUGCAGCAAGACCAAGCAUCUGGAGUUGGGACAGACUGGCAUCCACGGAAAUAGCCACAUGUUUUUCAUGGAAAAGAACAGCGACCAGAUUCAGAAGUCCAUCAAAAAGUGGAUUGUCGACCCUUAG